GGAAGCUCUGAGCGACGCGGCGGUCGCUGAGAUGGGCAGUGAGCCUGCGGGGGCGCCGAAGGUGCCUGAGGAGCGCCUCGGGGAGACGGCAGCGGGGACCCGGCCUCAACUCUGAGUUGUGGCGGGGGCGCGCGAGCGCGGAGCACCAAGCGAGUCGCUGGCCACUUCUAGGGGACUCUGAGGAGCGAGCGGCCCGUGUGGCCGGAUCCCGGGGCUCCGUGACCCGGCCCUGAGCAUCUCGGGGCGGGGGGGGGGGCAUCAAGGAGCGUCUUCGGAAGCCGCCGGGGGCCCAGCGCUACUGCCACCGAGCCCCGGGGCGCCCCCUGGAUGGCCGAGCUGCCCCCUCGCCGGCCGCCCGGGCGCCGCAGCGGCUGAGGUCGCUGGGAUCGCCCGGCCGCCGCCCCCAUCGCCGGCCCCUGCAUGCCCGGCGCCCGGGUCGCAGCCCACCUGGACGCUCUGGGCCCCCUGGUCUCCUACGUGCAGCCACCGCUGCUGCCCUCUAUGUUCUACGUGGGCCUGUUCUUCGUCAAUGUGCUGAUCCUUUACUACGCCUUCCUCAUGGAAUACAUCGUUCUCAAUGUGGGCCUCGUCUUCCUACCCGAGGACUUGGACCAGGCGCUGGUGGACCUCGGCGUACUCUCAGACCCUGGCUCUGGCCUUUACGAUGCCGACUCAGAGCUCGACGUCUUCGAUGGAUAUUUGGAAUAAGGUCUUGAUUACUGUUCCCCACUUGCCUUCCACCAUCCGCAACUCUUGGCCUGGACCAGCCGCCCGUAUCAUGCCGCUGCCAUUGGUUGGGAACACCAUCUGGACAGGGAUGGGACCCCAGGAAGAGGCCCGCCUAGCCACAGUAUUGGGAAUGUCAUUUAACUCCACAUGUCGGUGGCCUCUUUUAUGAAACAGGGGUAAUGAAAAUCUGCCCUGUUGAGAGGACAAAGAAUUGGACCUCCCUGCAUGGUAACUGGACCAUGAACAUCAACCACUGUUAUAGACAGGUGUUUCUGAUGAUCCAGCCUAGUGCCUCACACAUCCUCAAUACAUACCCUACUACAGAGGUGCACUCCCAGACUGUGCAGAUCUAUUUUUAAAUGAAUGCUAUGUCACGACGAGAAGCCAGCUAAUGCUGCCAGAGAAGUGGCCAGAUUGUUAACACACCCUUGGCCUCCAGCCAAAGAGGCCUCCUGCUGCACAGUCUGCCUCUAGCACAGAGAUCCCAGAUGUCUGCUGCGCUGGGCAAGCCAUGCAUUUUGGGCCUGCUUGUGCCAACAGCUGGGUUCCUACCCCAACCCAGGCAUCUGCCAGGAGAAGUGAGGACUCAGCGCCAGGAUGGGGAGUUGCCAGGCCCUCCGAAGGCCUCACCUGCCACCCGGCUCUCCACUGUCCUGGAUCUGGCUUGUGACUCGCUACCUUUGUGAUGGAUGUUUACAGGAACCCAACUGGACAUCACCUUUCUGCACUUCACCCCCAGCUGCACCUGCCUCCCCCUCUUAACCUCUGGGAAGGACAUGGAGAGCUGAAGUGGCAAAUGAACUCAUCUUCAGGCCGCUCCCAUCAGCACCGAUUGAUGCCAGUUGGCCUUAAGCUGGGAAGACUUCAGACCCAAGACUGUUGAUCAUAGUUUCAGGGAGUCACUCUGAAGAGGGCUAUGCCAGGGCCCAGACAGGCUUUAACCUCUCCCGGUUGACAGAACUGAGAUACUGCACUGGGGAAGGCCAUGCUGUCUCUGGCUAGAAAUCUAUUUUUGGAAGUGUGAGUGGUGUGCAUAGUGUGAAUGGUAUAGAUCCUUGAUUUCCAUAAACCUGUAAAAGCAAUACUUAGAGGCUGACUUAUUUCAUUAAAAAAAAAAAAUGUAAGCAACUCCAA